AUGGCCUGGUUCGAAUACUCUCGGUCCGAAACUCAAAAACUAUUAUACGCCAUGCACCCAAAUCAAUCUGUCAAAAAGAAUUCUUUAAUAGCCAUAUCUGCAAUUUUGGCUAUAUUAUCAUGUAUUGAAGCUGUCAUCGCCAUUACAUGUUUUGCACUCUGCUGCAGAGCAGAAACAUACAUCCAAGUGUACGAUCCUGCAACUCAAAGACUUUCUUUCAUUCCAAUCGUAAGGCACCAAAAUGUAAUGAUUGCUCCAUUCAACUUUGGUGCACCAUAUGGCGUAGGACUACCAUAUAACAUGGAAAAGCCUUACAGUGUUGGACAAGCAAUUAGCAUUGGAGCAGCUCAUAAUUUUGAUGCUCCAUUAAAUGUUGGAGAUUCAUAUAACGUUGGAUCACAAGACCCUCCAAUGAAUAUGGCUCCACCAUAUGAACAAAUCGUUGGUGGUUUACAAAACAACAAUUUACCCCCUUAUGCUGAUAAGGUCGAUGAAAUUGUAGAUAAUAAAGCUGUUGAUGCAUUUUGA